AUGUCUGCGGAUUUCUGGGCUGGGUACCUCAGCGGAGCCGUGGGGAUAGUCAUUGGCAACCCGCUUGAUGUAAUUAAAGUGCGUCUUCAAGCUACUUCAGCUGGAAUAAAAGGAUCAAAUGCAUUCUACUCCCGUCAGUUUGAGUCGAAAAGCUCGUUAGUUCGAGGUGCUGCGGCUCCAGUCCUAACAUAUGGCGCCUUGAAUGCCCUACUAUUUACUAGCUACAACCGCAGCUUGACAACUUUGGAGCCACGAGUGCAGAACCCCACAGAGCCCCUAGAGGCUACCCUAGGGCAAAUAUGGCUUGCCGGGGCAGUUGGAGGAAUGGUUAGCUGGCUGAUUUCCUCACCUACGGAGCUUGUGAAAUGUCGAGUCCAGGUGCAUAGAGGCACUGGUGCUGAAGCAGUAUCCUCAUGGGAAGUUGCUAAGAGUAUUGUUCGAAGUAAUGGAGUGAAGGGGCUAUAUUUUGGUGGAGGCGUUACAAGCGCGAGAGAUGCAGUGGGAUACGGAUUCUAG